UUUCUCUCUCCCUCUAAAACCCUCGACUCAGAAAAACGCUUGGAAGCUAAAACCCUCCCCAAAGCCAGCACUGAAAUCCCAUUACCGCCACUCUGUGUACAUAAAACCCUUUGCUGUCUGCAACAGAUCAAAUCAGAGAAGAAAAACAGAAUGGCUGCGGUCGUCCUCCGAAACCCUAAUUCGAGGCGCCUUUUGUCAUUCUCUUCCCGAAUUUACUGGUCCUCUCGUGGCUCCAUCUCUUCUUCCCAUUUCUCAGUCUCCGAUUUUCUCUCCGGAAAUGAGGCGGCGAUUUCUGCUAACGCUAACCCUUGGUGGAGAUCCAUGGCUACUUUCACUCGCACAAAACCUCAUGUGAAUGUAGGAACAAUUGGGCAUGUUGAUCAUGGAAAGACCACACUGACUGCGGCAAUCACAAAGGUACUGGCAGAAGAAGGGAAAGCUAAGGCUGUUGCCUUUGAUGAAAUUGACAAGGCUCCUGAGGAGAAAAAGAGAGGAAUUACAAUCGCAACGGCUCAUGUGGAGUACGAGACAGUUAAACGUCACUAUGCACAUGUAGACUGCCCAGGACAUGCUGAUUAUGUUAAAAAUAUGAUCACUGGUGCUGCCCAAAUGGAUGGUGGUAUUCUGGUUGUAUCAGCUCCUGAUGGGCCCAUGCCACAGACUAAGGAACAUAUUCUGCUUGCCCGCCAGGUUGGUGUGCCCUCGCUUGUGUGUUUCCUGAAUAAAGUUGAUGCUGUUGAUGAUCCAGAGCUGUUGGAGCUUGUGGAAAUGGAGCUCCGUGAACUACUUAGCUUCUACAAGUUUCCUGGCGAUGAAAUACCUAUCAUUCGGGGAUCAGCAUUGUCAGCUUUACAGGGUACAAAUGAGGAAAUAGGCAAAAAUGCUAUUUUGAAACUAAUGGAGGCUGUAGAUCAAUACAUUCCUGACCCCGUGCGCCAACUUGACAAGCCUUUCCUAAUGCCAAUUGAAGAUGUUUUCUCGAUUCAGGGACGUGGAACCGUUGCAACUGGUCGUGUUGAACAAGGGACCAUUAAAGUUGGUGAAGAAGUUGAAAUUUUGGGUUUAACGCAGGGUGUACCUUCAAAAACUACAGUCACUGGGGUUGAGAUGUUUAAGAAAAUUUUGGAUCAAGGACAGGCUGGUGACAAUGUGGGACUUCUUCUGCGUGGCCUAAAGAGAGAGGAUGUACAGCGUGGAAUGGUAAUUGCCAAACCUGGAAGUUUGAAGACAUACAGGAGGUUUGAGGCAGAGAUAUAUGUCCUCACAAAAGAUGAAGGUGGACGUCAUACAGCCUUUGAAUCAAAUUACAGGCCCCAGUUUUAUAUGAGGACUGCAGAUGUAACUGGAAAAGUGGAAUUACCCGAAAACGUUAAGAUGGUUAUGCCAGGGGACAAUGUCACUGCAACUUUUGAGCUGAUCUCACCUGUGCCUCUUGAAGCAGGACAAAGAUUUGCCUUGAGGGAAGGAGGUAGAACGGUUGGUGCUGGUGUAGUAUCAAAAGUAUUGAGCUAAGAAGUUGCUGUUCCUUAACAUUUACGGUUUCUCCAUCAUGUUGGCUUGCUGAAUGAAGAAAUAGAUGGAUCAAUCAGUCAUUAACAUCUUACAAGUCUGCAUUUGGUACUGUAUUCUGGGAAUUAUUAAAGAGAUAAUUAGGUGAUAAGAAUUUGGGGAUGUUAAUGGAAAAUUAUUUUCAUUCAGUUUUCAGCAGUGAACCAGUAGUCAGCAUGUUAUUUUUUUUUUCCUUUUUUUCCCCAAAAAUCAUAUUUGAACAGCUUUUUUUAGGUUAUUUGAAAAUAAUAGCCAUGUUGAACAGUGCUGAUUUGAUAUGUAA